AUGUCAUGGACCCAACAAUGCAGCACUCUUGGAGGAGGCUUGGUCCCUGUCACAUCCUACACUCUUCCAAGUAGAGGUCUCUUUGGAUCAACUCAACCAGUGGCGUCGUUGACUGGCAACACGUUUCGAUUGAAUGACUGCGUUGGAUAUACGCGGUUCUUUUUGGAUGAGAAGGUCUACCACGUCCCAGGUGAGCCAGAUUCACAUGCCUGCGAGAUCUAUGGUUCUUGUGAUGGUUCUGUCUUUCUGCAGUUCAUCAUCAGAGAUCAUGCGGGACGCAAGAUUGCGCACACUCCCUAUUUACGUUUGUUCCAAAGCUCCUUCAACAUAGAGGAUGUGAAUGGCUUGCUGGUGGCACAAGUCGAGAGGAUUGGUCGCUGGAAUCCAAUGUCGAAGACAUGCUCUGGUCAAGCCCACAAAUGGUUGGUGAAGUUUCCCGAACUGGGCAUUCCAGGUGCAUCAUCCCUUUUCCCUACUGCUGCUGACCGAUGGCCCGUUGCCGAGCUUGUUACCGUCAUGUCCACAAGAGAUGGAGCGCGUUUGCCAUCUGGGCUUGUGGGCCCUAGUGUCUGCGAAAUGGAGAAGACAGGGCUAUUGAUCGCCUCUUUGGUGUUCCUAGUGGCUGCCAUCGGAGCUGUUACAACUCUGUUCGUCAGAGUUGGCGUGACGCCAACACAGAUGAUGUGUUUGGAGUUUGAGGCAAGCUUCUGCCCAAGGAGGAAGAGAACUCCAAACUUGCCCAAAUACACUGUUUGA